AUGGCCGCCGCUCCGCCGCCCGCGCAGGACGAGAACGAGAUGGAGACGCCGUACAAGGCCACCACGCCCGUGUGGAACGUCAAGGCCACCAUCGUCAAGUACCGCGUGGCGCUGGCCGCCGUGCUGGUCGUGCUCGUCGCGGUGGUCGUCCUGGCCGCGUGCGGCGUCUUCUCCUCUUCUUCCUCUUCGGACGACUCCUCGUCGGCCUCCGCCGCCUCCAACGGCAACGUGACCAUCUACCACGCCGGCUCGCUGGUCGGUCUCAUGGACGACAAGCUGGCGCCGGCCUUCACGGCCGCCACGGGCGUCGCCACGUCGCUGCUGGCCAAGGGCUCCGUCAAGCUGGCCAACCUCAUCGUCAACGGCAGCCAGGCCGACGUGUUCAUCAGCGCCGACGCGUCCGUCAACUCGGAGCUGCUCAUGGGCGACGCCAACGACAACCUCAUCUCGUGGUACAUCACCUUCGGCGAGACGUCCAUCGGCCUCGGUUACUACCCGGAGUCCCCGUACGCCGACGUCUUCGCGGCGGUGGAGAACGGCUCGCUGCUCUGGUACGAGGCGCUGCUGCAGAACCCCGGCAUGAAGCUCGGCCGCACCGACCCCGAUGCCGACCCCAAGGGCUACCGCACCGUCAUGAUGUUCGAGCUGGCCGAGCAAUACUACAACACCACUGGCCUGGUGUCGGGGAUCUUGGGCAGCGCGACCAACAGAGACCAGAUCUUCUCGGAGGAGAACCUGGAGACGUAUCUGUCGUCCGGGGACCUGGACGUCGGCUUCUUCUACGCCGUGGAGGCCGGCAGCUUGAGCGGCAUCAACUUCAUCACACUGCCGGAGGAGAUCAACAUGGGCAACCCAGCUCACGACGACGAGUACGCCACCGUGUCCUACACCAACUCGGAGACGGGGACGGUCUACAACGGAUCGGCGUCCAUCUACACGGUGACGAUCCUCAACAACGCCACGCACAUGUCGGAGGCGGAGGAGUUCGUGGCCUACUUGCUGUCCUCUGACGGGCAGACAAUCUUGACGGAGCAAGGAAUGCAGGCGGCUAACCUCACUGCCUAUGGGGACGCCUCGGCCAUCCCCUCGACGAUUGCAACGUACCUGUCGUGA